AUGUUCUAUCCCUCGCCUCCUGGAUCUCCCUCCGAACCUCCACCUGCAUCUAUCGCUGGUGUGAAAUGCCCAGCUGCCAUUAGCGCAAGGAGGACUGGGCUUGAGGUCCCCCCCCCGCCAUUGCCGAGUCACUAUAUCAUUGCUCGAAGACCAAGUGAGAACUCGCGUUCAUGCUGUGUCAAGCCUACGCUUCUCGAGCCUGCGCUGUGCUAUAUUCUGGCAUUCACGCUGUGUCAUGCUUACGCUCGAACUACGCAUUCUUAUCUCAAUUAUGGUGUUUUGUGUUCACGCUGUGUCAAGCCUACGCUCGAGCUACGUGUUCUUGUGGCGUUCACACUGUGUCACGCCCGAAGACCUUAG